AUGGAAGCUUCCCGCCAACCCUCCUCCAUCCCACCAGCCAAUCCCCCCAGCGUGGAAAUCGCCUACAAGCGCAAAUGCAUAGCGCUGAAGAAGCGCCUCGCAGAAGUCGAAGCUGAAAAUGAAAUCAUGCGCACCCGCAACCGCCGCGGCUCCCAAUACAUCAAAAAAAUGCGCCUGGAAACCUGCAUGCUCCUCGAGCGUCUGACAAAGGUCACCGGCAUGGCCGACGAGGCAAAGACCGGAGCCGCAAACCCGGAACUACGUGCCCGCGCUGCUGCCAUGAUGAAUACUGGUGCACAGGGUGGAGUUGGUGCACUUCUGGAAGAUGAUACCGAGGGUAGCUCUGAUGAGCAGCCGCGCACGCCGGAGGAACGUCCCCUACGCGUUAAGCGCUCCCGCAAAUCCAACGCCGCUGGUAUCGAUGGCCAGGAUGAGGAUCUGCCCGCUCAUGAUGGCCAUCCCGAACCUGCAGAUCCCACUGGUGCAGCCCUGCCCCGUCUUGCGCCAGCUCCUACACAAGAGUCUCUUACUCACUCUUUCCGUGUGCAGACAGGUAGUGGUGGAUCUGCUGAUCAGACUCCUGCUGCCGCUGAGCCUGGUCCUGAGUCUGGGACUACGCCGAUGGAUAUGGAUAAGGAGGAGGCUAAAGCGCCUAAGGUUGAACAGGCUUAG